AUGCUCCGCAACGAUGGAUACGAACAACUCCUUACACAGACAAACAACGAGUUCAAGCUCUCUGUCUCUGCAGUUAAUCCAAAUGGCUGUGCAAAGGAAGGCACAUUAACACUCUGUGUUGGCUCUGCAAAGAACUUCAAGAGAAACCAGCAAGAAUUCAAGGUCGGCCAGCGUCCAAUGGGCACAGAGUACAACUUCCAAUACACAAACCCACACCGUUCUUCAAUCGUCAUUGCUCUCUACAACCGCAAGUCCUUCUGGUCCCAAGAUCAGGAAUUAGGCAAGACUGAAAUCACCCUUGACAAGUUUGACGCUAAUUAUCCAUGCGAGCGUGAAGUCCAACUUGGUGAGAACGGCCCACGUGUAAUGAUCCGUGCCCAGAGAACAGAAAACUUCUAA